UUACAGUGCACAGAUCUUUAUAUAGACUCGGAUGUAAAUAUAAACGCUGCUUGUUUCGGCUUUUAAUAAAUUUAUCGAAAAUUUUCAUUUGCGACAUAUGAGUAUGCAAUAAAGGUCAAUUCCAUAUAAUUAGAAAAUUAAUAAGUUAAUUAAGUUAUAAAUACUUGAAAAAAAAUUAAAAAUUUUAUGAUGGUGAUGAAUAAACUAUUAUAUGCAAAGAAACAAAAUGUUUAUUUUAGUAAUCCAACCAACAUUAGACAUUUCUUUAGGUGGCUGACUCUAGUUUUCAAUAGUAUUGAUCAAGGAAGAGUUGAGAAGUUAGGACCUGAUAGAGUUUGUGCAGAAUGGCUACUCAGAAAUGGUGCAUCUGUCAGAUGGAAAGGUAGUGAUGAGUUUUUAAGAGAUUACAAUUUAUUACCAAAAGAGGAUGUUAAGCAAUAUAUAAGUGCAGUGGAUGCUACAAGUUCUUCUAUCCAUCAUUGUGGAUUUAACCAUUUUAAUGGUUGUAAGUAUAUUGAAGAAAUAAAAUUGAUAGAUUGUAUGUCUAUAGAAAAUGAUGCAAUGCUAUCAUUAGCGAUUCUCAAAAAUUCAUUAAAAUUGUUAGAAGUUGUGAAUUGUAAAAAUAUAACAGAUGAAGGACUACAUCAUCUAAGUAAUUUGAAGAACUUGACAAAUUUGAAGCUAGGUGGUUUUCCCUACGUUAAAAAUAAAGACGAUGUCUUGAAUCAAUUAAUAUUAUCUUUGCCACAAUGUAAAAUAAUGUACACUUGAAAUUUUAUUAAUGUAUAAAAGUUAAUUAUUAUAAAACAUGUAGAUGAUGAAGUUUGUAUAAAAUCCACAUCAUUAUGAACUUAUACUAUUUUUGGAGUU